AUGGCGCUCCUGGCCGCCGGGACCGCUUAUCGUCGCCACGCCCAGCUUCGGGCCGUGACCGAUCCCGCGAUCGAUCGCGCGGCCGGUCAGACCGUGGCCGCGGUCGAUAUGCAGGUCCGAGACGAAGCUCCCGGGACCGUGACGACCGGCGGGGUCAUGACACGCGCCGGGAGUAUUCCCGCAACGACGAGCCAUCGCGAGAAACGCGAAGUCGAGAUGAAGAACGCCCAAUCUCAAGUCCGCGGCAUCGCAACGCGGACCGAGCUUCAAGCCACGAUCGGCGUCCCGCCCACCCCCGACAAGCGAGUCCACGGCGCGACGACCGCCGCCGAAGCCCAGCGCGGCGCCCAACCUCGCCCGCGCCACCAUGGCUCGGCCUCCGAUACAAAGGCGCCCGAGCCAACGCGGCGUCGAGACGACGACCACAAACCGCGCGAAGCAGUCGAGUCGUCUGCGACAGCGAAGGAGGCGAACGAGGCGAACGAGGCAACAAAGGACCGUCGCCGCAAAGACACUGAAGAGAAAAAGUUGAUCAAGCGACACCACACAGUGUACGACGAGUCAAGCGAAGCGUACUGGAAGAAGCACCACGAGGCCAACCGUAUGGACAUCAAGUGGCUCGUCUGGCAGGCGGACGCCGACAUCUCAGGCUUUAUGGCCGACUUUGCUGCCCAAGAAUUGGCCAACAUCAGCCAGCGCAUCCAAAGCCACGAGCACCAGCUGGCGCAGUGGGAGCGCGGCGACGACCUCCCUGAUCUCAACAACCCUUAAUCCCCCAUUGUUGUAUUCAGAUGAUGACUCCUAGC